UCGGCUGCGUCCGCCCGCCCGCCCGUUGCCGCCGCCGCCGCCGUCGUCGGCCCGCCGUCACCGUCGCCGUCGCCGCGCUCCAACCUAGUCGCGGACAGCCAGCCGGCCGCCGCUUGAGGGGGUGGGGGUGGGUGAAGCAGCCGCAGCCGCCGCCGCCGCCGGGAUGCCGCGGGUCUACAUCGGCCGCCUGAGCUACCAGGCUCGGGAGCGGGACGUGGAGCGGUUCUUCAAGGGCUACGGGAAAAUCCUGGAGGUGGAUCUGAAGAACGGAGACUUUGGAAAGAAAAUUCAGUAACAGAUGUUCUUCACAACCAAGGUGGUACUUCUCAUUAAGCAAGGGGAUCUUGGUGACUUCACUUCUCUGGAUGGAAAGAGUCUGAGUGAUCUGCUUCAUGCUAUAGGGUGGAUUGGAUUAAAGAGAAGUCAUGGAAACUGAAUUGUGAUCAACUCUAUAGUGAAAUCAGGUUGGAGCUAUUCAUGUGCCAUUCCACCAUUCACAGCAACACGGCCUACCCCAAACCGUUCAUGUGGCAGAAUAACUGACUCCUUUGAGGACUUGCUAGUCCUCAGUACUCUAUCAUGGCAAGGCCUUUGGGGUACUUUGCAGAAUUCUCAUUCCCUGCCCUGUCCUGUCCCCAUCUUCCCCACCCCCUCCCGUUUUUUCAUUUUUGUUCUGGCCUCACCUGGACACUCAGCCAGUGGUGACAGAAGUGAAACUUCUCCCAGAAGUUUUCCCAUGAUCACUUUUAUUAGGGAGCCUGAAUUAUUCUGGCUAUCCUGUUAGCCCAUCUACCCCAGCUAAUUUUCCAAACAGCAGGGUCAGAAUAUUCUGAAGUAUAGGUUCCGCACUGGCUACUGUGAAGGGAUGUAAUUCCUUUCCUCCGUCACUUACUGCCUUUCUUUGCCCAUGCAGUAAAUACAAGGCCUUGGCCUUUGAUCCCAGCUUAAAUGGUGGGCCUGCUUCUCUUAGGUGGUUAGAGUAGAGUGUGAAGAAGACCACAGUUAGGUGGUCAGUCCCUCUGAGCUGACUUCACAUGGAUUACAAAAACCUCCCUGGCCCCAGAUGACAUUCCUAAUCCUGACCAGCUCUGUUGCUAUAACAAGGACAAACGGACAGGACUUGCCUCCAGCCUCCCUGGUCCCGUGAAGAUGUUUGGAGGGCAGAGAUGACCCUAAGACGUUCUGGAAGGGGUAUGGUUUUGUUGAAUUUGAUGACCUCCGUGACGCAGACGAUGCUGUUUACGAACUGAAUGGCAAAGACCUCUGUGGUGAGCGAGUAAUUGUUGAACAUGCCCGGGGUCCUCGUCGAGACGGCAGUUAUGGUUCUGGACGCAUAUUGGUAUCUGCUUGAACCUCCCAAAGGUGGAUAUGGUUAUAGAAGAAGUGGAAGAGAUAAAUAUGGCCCUCCAACUCGUACAGAAUACAGAUUGAUUGUGGAAAAUCUCUCCAGCCGCUGCAGUUGGCAAGAUUUAAAGGAUUAUAUGCGUCAAGCAGGAGAAGUAACAUAUGCAGAUGCUCACAAAGGGCGCAAAAAUGAAGGUGUAAUUGAAUUUGUGUCCUAUUCUGACAUGAAAAGAGCUCUUGAAAAGCUGGAUGGAACUGAAGUCAAUGGCAGAAAAAUUAGACUUGUUGAAGACAGGCCUGGCUCGAGACGGCGACGUUCCUAUUCCAGAAGUCGGAGUCAUUCAAGGUCUCGUUCUCGAAGCCGACACUCUCGUAAGAGCAGAAGUCGCAGCGGCAGCAGCAAGAGCAGCCAUUCUAAGAGUGGGUCCCGAUCCAGGUCCGGCUCCCACUCCAGGAGCAAGAGCCGUAGCCGCAGCAAGAGUCGCAGUCGAGGCAAAAAGGAGAAGAGCCGCAGUCUGAGCAAAGAGGACAAGAGCCGCAGCCGCAGCCGCAGCGCAGACAAGGACCGGAGCAAGAGCAAAGACAAGACGGAGGAGAAAAUGCAGAACAACGAAGAAGAAGGGAAAGCCAAGAGCCGCAGCGCCAGCCAGGACAAGAGCCAGAGCCAGAGCCGCAGCCGCAGCCGCAGCCAAGAGAGGGCCGAGAAGGAGGAGAGGAGGGGCAGCGUGAGUCGGAGCAGGAGCCAGGAGGCCGGCCUGGGCAAGGACAGGAGCAGGAGCCGCAGCAAGAGCAAAGGGCAGAGCCGCAGCCGCAGCCGCAGCAAGAGCAAGGACAAGAGGAAAGGGAGAAAGAGGAGCAGGGAGGAGAGCCGCAGUCGAAGCCGCAGCCGCAGCCGUAGCAAGAGCUCCAAGAGCAAGAGGCACAGCAAGCGGGAGAGCAAGGCAAGCAGCAGCAAGAAGAAGAACAAGGAAGACCCUGACCACUCACGGUCUCGCUCCAGAUCCCGCUCCCAGUCGAAGGGCAAAGAGAACCUAAAGCUCGAGGCCGGCCCCAAAGAAGGCAGAGGCGAUGGGGAGGACGCACCGGCCAACCAGGAAGCCCAGGCCAGGUCCAGAUCCAAUUCCAAAUCAAAACCAAACAUUCAGUCAGAAUCUCGUUCCAGAUCAAAAUCAGCCUCCAAAACCAGGUCCCGGUCCAAAUCCAGAUCCGCUUCCAGAUCACCUUCCAGGUCUCGAUCUAGAUCCCGCUCCCGGUCCUAAAGUGGCUGCCAGCACAGGUGGAGGGAAUUCCACGAGAAGAGUCUUUUGUACAUGUUGGGUAGCUGUAGCACAAGUGAUUGAAGUAGAACCCAUGUCAAUGCUGUACAUUUUUAACUCCCCCAAUGGUGUGUCUGUCAUGGUGAAAUCUCAGUGCCCGCUCCCUCUCCGUGAGGCCUCCUGGGGCCAGGCUUUUCUGCUCCAUUGAAAGAUGCCCUUUAGUGCACAGCCCUCACCAUCCCAAAUGCCACGACCUUCAGGCCUGGCCUGACAGACAGGGAGCUCGGUGCCCGUGACUCGGAGGCCGGGAUGACGACAUAGGUAGGUAUGAUGACUUCAACCAUUUCUGCCCUUGGAUUGAUGCCCUUUGAUGUAUGCCAUUUAGUGAAAGUGCUAAGUCUUAAGUUUCAUACCACUUUGGUUUCAUAUUUUGGGACUUUAACAAAGUUGUGAAUAGCACAGUCAAGAAAACUGAUACUUGCAGUAAUCCAUAGGAAAUCCACUGUAGAGUUCCAUAUUCUGGUAUUGUGACUAUACUCUUGUUUUAUAUUAAAAAAAAAAACAAAAAAGAUUUUUUUUUAAUUUUAUUUUUCCCCAUCUUGCAAAGUACAGUGAUCCCUGUUUCCAUUAAAUUUGAAUAAAGACUAUUUUUG